AUGACAGCUACAAGUUUUGAAAACGCGUACCGCGAAAUUGCCCGCAAGCUUCAGAUCAUUCCACCAGCAAUUAAGCAGGCCUCUGCAUAUGUAUCAAUGAAUGGUCUUCUAGCUGCCAAAUAUCUUGAAUACUACCAGUCGAGGUAUGAGGAUAUCACUCGAUACGAAGACACCUGCAAACCCGUGGCAAUGACUUGGAUCAUUUCGUUCAACCGCAUUUCCGCUGGAAAUCCCCUUGCCGCGCUGAAACACUACUUAAAGAGCAGGGUAAACACCAAGAAGUUGAGCAGCUUUGUCGUGGAACCUUGCAAUUAA